AUGUCUGAUCAGUUUUUCUCUUGUCGGGCUUAUUGUGUUUUUCGUUAUAGCAGGCAAUCACUGGGUGAACUGGCUACUGCAAUCCCCGUUUCUGGAUCAUUCACCGAGUAUGCGCAACGAUUCGUGGACGAUUCAUUAGCCUUCGGACUGGGAUGGGCGUACUGGUACCUUUGGGUGACGAUUCUGGCGAGUGAAUAUAAUGCGAUUUCGCUUGUCAUCGGUUUCUGGACGGAUGCUGUGCCCCAAUGGGGCUGGAUCCUGAUCUUUUGGUUCCUGUUCCUAGGGUUGUCCAAUCUGGGUGUUCUCGCGUAUGGUGAAAUGGAGUUUUGGUUGUCACUUAUCAAAGUGCUGGCACUGCUCGCGUUCUUCAUCCUGGCCAUCUGCAUCAGCACGGGCGGCGUCGGACCUGGUCCCAUUGGAUUCAAAUAUUACCAUGACCCGGGUGCAUUUGCCGAUUCCAUCAACGGUGUCGCAAGGACCUUCGUCGUCGCCGGAACGCUUUAUGCGGGCACAGAGAUGGUUGGUGUGACUGCUGGAGAAUCGGCAAACCCCCAAAAGGCCGUCCCGACUGCCAUCAAGCAGGUCUUCUGGCGUAUCCUGAUCUUCUAUAUUGGAACCUUCUUCUUCCUGGGAAUCCUACUCCCCUACAACCAUCCCAAACUUCUCAGCUCCACCUCCACCGCCGCCAGCUCCCCAUUGACCAUCGCGCUCACCGACGCAGGCAUCCUCCCAGCCGCGCAUCUAAUCAACGCCCUAAUCGUAAUCAGCGUCAUCUCGGCCGGGAACGGCUCAUUGUACGUCGCAUCCCGAACGAUGCUCUUCAUGGCUCGCAGCGGCAAGGCACCACGCUUCAUCGGCCGCACGAAUUCCCGGGGUGUGCCCUGGGCGGCCCUCAUCUUCUCGAACAUCUUCACCUGCAUCGUCUUCUUAACCCUCUCCUCGAGCGCGGGCCGGAUAUACUCCGCAUUAAUCACCUUAGCAGGAGUGGCAACCUUCGUAGUCUGGGCCGUCAUUUGCAUCGCACAUAUCCGUUUUCGCAAAGCAAUGGUUGUACAAGGCGACGAUCCAUCCCGACUUCCUUUCCGAGCUGCCCUCUAUCCCUACGGGACGUAUUUCGCGCUGGGCGCGACUAUCUUCCUCGUUUUCUUCCAGGGGUAUACGGCCUUUUUGAAUCCGUUUAGUGUGGAUGACUUCAUCAUUAAUUAUAUCUUGCUUCCGGUUUUCGUGAUGUUGGUUGUGGGAUAUAAGAUCUGGAAUAAGACGAAGAUCGUCAAACUCGAGGAGAUGGAUAUCUGGACGGGAAGAAGAGUCGCUGUGGUUGAUGAGACAGAAACCGACAAACAGCAGGGCUGUCAUUCGGAUCUACACAAUAUUAAUGGGGAAUUACCCAUGAGCACCAAUGUCCCCGGCCAUGAGGGGAUCGGGAGGGUGGUCCAAGAAUAUAUUGUCUCUCCGGCCAAUUUCGUGUCCAUUAUCCCUGAGGAACUGCAGCCGGAGGCGGUUGCGGCUUUGCUAUGCGCCGGGCUGACCAUGUACGGCGCUCUGAACAAACUGCACAAGUUCUGCCAAAAGGGCGAUUGGGUCGUAAUUAUGGGCGCCGGUGGUGGAUUAGGACAUUUCGCAACGAAGCAAGACAUUUGCAUGAAGUCAGGCGCGGCGGCAUUUGUCGAUUUCCGUAACGAUGUGGAGAAAGAAGUCCAAAAUCUAACCGAUGGCGCGGGCGCGCACGCCGUCGUCGUAGUCGUCGGUCUUGCAACCGCAUACAACCAAGCUCUCCGACUCCUUCGCCCCGUCGGUACGCUCGUCUGCGUUGGCCUCCCCGCGCAAGACUACCGCAUGCCUAUCUCGCCGUUGGACUGUGUGAAUCGCGGGUUUCACGUUGUUGGGAGCUGUGUGGGGACGGAAGAGGAGAUGCAAGAUCUCCUGAAACUGGCAGUGGCCGGGCGGGUGUCUACUCACUAUCAGGUUUAUGAAUUAACGGAAGUAAACGCGCUCCUGUCCCUCGCUACCCUCCUCCUCCCUACCGCCCUCGCCCUUCCCUCUGUCGUUGAGCGGGCCUGUGACUACACCUGCGGCAGCAACUGCUACUCCUCCUCCGACGUUUCCACCGCCCAGGCUGCCGGCUACAAGUUGCAGCAGUCCGGCGAGACCGUCGGCAGCAACAACUAUCCUCACAAGUACAACAACUACGAGGGCUUCGACUUCCCUGUGGACUCUCCUUACUAUGAGUGGCCUAUUCUGAGCUCCGGCGAGACCUACAACGGUGGUUCUCCUGGCGCGGACCGUGUGGUGUUCAACAGUAACGAUGAGUUGGCUGGUUUGAUUACCCACACUGGAGCUAGUGGUAACAACUUUGUCGCGUGUACUUAA